GUGAAUACUAGCGUAGUGGGCUCGGAACUGUGUUUGUUUAAUGACUGGUUGGGGACUUGGGGUGGCCCCGGGGUCAAGUGACAAGUGACCAAGAGCAAGAAGCAAGAACUGCCAAGGGAUUUUUCUUGUCUCUUGUUGCUGUUCGUAAAUGCUGGCUAUAUUUACGAUCGAAGAAAUGCAAGUUUUGGUUAGAUAGGAUCUAAACAGAAUGAAAACGUCAUCAGCAUUGUCCUGUUGUGAAGAAUAUUGAAAUUUGGUGAGAUUUCAGUGCGGUGACUUCAGUCGACACCACCCGUGACCAUGGUCAUUGUAAUGCCAGUUUUAUGUAUUAAUCAGGUCAUUGUUAAAGGUCUUCAAGAUCACUGGUAAUGUGAAAAGACAGAAAAUUACUUUAAUGUAAUGUAAGGUCUUGAAGCUUUUACUGGUAAUUUGACAUUGCUUUUAAUGAUGAUUAAAUAUUAGUAGGUGUUAUUCAAAGUAGGAGAUGCAAAUUUGUCUGACAAAAGAGUUCUUGAGUGGGUUGGUUUUAUUUAAGAACUGUAUAUGGUUUUUUAUAUAUACCUUUAUUGCAUGUUACAAUUAAUUGCUUUUGAUCAUGUUGAUGAUUGUUUUUUUGCAUAAAUAAAGUGAGAGAAAAUUGUGGUAAAGGUAAAGGUGAGAGUGUAGGAAGAUUAUUUGUGUACAUGUGGAAAACAGAUUGAAAUUAAGCCUACUUAGGCAGCAUUGAAAUUAAGCCUACUUAGGCAGCAUUAAAAUUCUUUGACAACACUGUGUAAUUAGUAAUUGACUUGGAAGCUACCUCUCAGAUUAACAUUUCUGGAAAAUGGAGGUCAAAGACCCAUCAACAUUCCAUUUAAUUGGUCAGGAUAACAAAAAUAUUGAGGAUAACCCACGAGCAAUAUCCAGUGAUACUGAGGAUAACUCCAUUUACCUAGCUCCAACUGUUGAGGUUAAAGUCAAAGAAGAGCUUGAUCAUCCUGAGAGUACAGAAGAGGAAGAUCCACUAUCAUUUUCACCAAACAAUCAUGAUUACAAAAAUUUUGAGUCUAGUUCAGCUUUAAUCACAGACAGUGGUGAUGAUGAUGAUGACACAUUAUAUCAAGGUCCAUCUGUUAAAGUUGAGGUCAAGGCUGACCCAGAGGUGUUUGAGUUUGGUGAAAUGACAGACAGUGAAAAGGACUCACUAAAUUAUGAUGAUAAUUGUAGGAAGAAUGUGAUUGGUGAGGAGAAUCUUCUUAAUCAGAGAAAGCACAUAAAAGGCCGGAAAGAUGAAAAAAAAUUCACCUGUGCAGAAUGUGGGAGAUCGUUUUCACAGUCACAUAAACUCAAAGUUCACAUGAGGACCCAUACAGGUGAGAGGCCUUAUUCCUGCACUGAAUGUCAGAGUAGUUUUGCUGUACCACAUAGUCUCCGAGUGCAUAUGAGAAGUCAUACAGGUGAAAAGCCAUUCAGCUGCUCUGAGUGCGGAAGUAAAUUUGUACUAUCAGGUCAUCUUCGAAAACACAUGAGAAUCCACACUGGAGAGAAAGCCUUAUUCUUGCUCUGAAUGUGGAAAUAAGUUUUCCCAGUCUGAUGGACUCAAGAGA